UAUACCAUCAGUCAGUCAAACGUCAAAUGUUCUCUAGUAAAACGUCAUAACGUCAUACAAAAAUAGCAUCAAAGAUGAAAGUUAUUUUUAAUAUAUCUUAAAAAAAUAAUUUUGAAGUAUUGUACCAUACUUUGGGAUGAUCUAUUUUAGCCAAAUGCAGAGUAUUACUUUUUAAUGAGUAUUUUAAUAUGUGGUUUUUGUGUGUGUUUGGAUAAAAAUUUACAUAAGUUAUGUUUUUACCAAAGCAAACAUUAAAAUUUUCUCGAAUAGGAAGCAAGGUAAACCUGAGAAGUGCGGGGCUGCGCUCUGCUGCCGACCAUGGUGCAACUCGACGUGACGGGUGCUCCUCUAUACCCAAGCACUAUCACCUUAAAUGACCUACCUAAUGAAAUACUUAUUUAUAUAUUUUCAAUGGUCGAUUUUGAAUCGCUAUUGGCAGUUGCUAAAGUUUGUAUGAGAUGGCAACAACUCUGCUUGACCCCAUGCGUUUGGGAUAAAACACGCCUCAUAGUAUGUAUGAAGAACUAUGUGAGAAUAAGUGAAAACAUAGUGCCUUUUGUCGCUAAGUAUGUGAAGAAUGUUAAACUACAGUAUUUCAAGUUAUAUUCUCAAGUAAGGGCUUCCUUAAUAAGCUACUGCCCUAAUCUGACUCAUUUAGAAAUAAGUAUAUCUCAAGUAGACAGCUGUAUCUUUGAUGAUCUAGGUUGCUGGCCAAACCUAAAGUUCUUAAGUUUUCGGAAUUCGCUAAUAGUGAAAAAUCCUGAAAAUGCAAAUGGUAAUUUUGUUUACCAUUUGCCAUUUGAUAAAUUGCAGAAUCUGGAGACCCUUGUUUUGUCAAACUUUGCCCUCACACAUGAUAGUCUCUACAAGAUGUUACAGUGCUCCAAUUUAGUCAGUAUUAGUAUGGAAAAGAUGAAGAAUAUUCCAGCUGAUUUCCUCGAGUCUCUGCUGAGAACUAAACAGACAACUCUGAGAGCUUUACAUAUAUAUGGAGACACUCUGAAUGAUGAUAUAAUGCGUCACAUAUCCAAUUGUAAAGCAUUGCAAGUAUUACACAUCAUGACAUGUAAAACUCUCUUUGAUUCAAGUUUAUUGCACUUGUAUAGACUAAAAAAUAUGCAUUCAUUAAAAUUACGACAUGGUUACUUUUCUACUAGUGCUCUUCUUGCAUAUUUUACCAAUAACUCAUUUCAAAAUCUGACUUACUUAAGUCUCUCUCGUUGUCUCCAUGUCACUAUGCAAGUAGCAAAAGCCAUUAAAACAAGUGCACCCAAUCUCCAGGAACUAUCAUUCUAUCUAUGUCCCUUUAUAAUAGCUCCCAACUUUAACAGGUCAGAACUAGAGAAAAUGUUUCAAAUACAGUUGUUACUUGAUUGACUUAGUUAUGAUUAUAUUCAAGGCAGCAGGCAGCAUAGAUGUCCGUCCAACUUACAUGUAAUAUUUAUUUAAAUGUUAACUACACCACUGCGACUGUAUGAAGGCAGCUGUCCUCCCUGAGGGACAUGCUGCUUCAUUGUUUUAAAUAAAUUUCAUUAGUAAAGUUGUGAAAAUAAUAAAUACUUACCAUAAUAAUAUUGUAAUAUUCAAUGUGAUUUAACAUCAUUUAAAUUGGUAAAUUAUGAUAAGUGAUGACGAUUUUAAAUAUAUCUUAUUUUAUAAAUUAUUAUACUAGUUCUUAGGUUGUGUUGUGGUGUAUGUAUCAACUAAUGAUAUAUUUUAAAUAAUAUUCAGUAUUUUAAAAAAAAUAAGAAGUAUUACAUAACUUUUAGAUGCAUCUACAUAGUAGAUUUUAACUGUAUCAUAGUUUCAGUAUAUAGCUUUUGGAUGAUUGUUUUAAACAUGGCUUUGUCUGAUAUAGUGAAAAAGGUAUCUAAGGUAAGCUAUGGACUGAAGCUUGAUAUAUAAAAGUUGUUACAUCUUUAGUUAAAUAACAAUAUCUGUUUACACUAUGGACUUCAAGAUAUUUGACACAUGUUAUUCAAAGUGCUAGGACAUGCAUAAUUAAUUGAAGAUGUAGUCACCUUAGCAAAUGUUGACAAGAUACAUAACAUAAAUGUUAAUUUUCCGCCUUUCUGUUUAGGAAUCACAGUCAAUUACAAUAUGAAGUGCCUUAACAAUUUUAUUAUUGAUGACUGUUUUCACAUUAGGAGGUUCCUUCGACAGACAGCGAAAAUAUUUCAACGAAAUUAGAACAAUAAUGUUCCCAAGUUUUACAUCAACAAAAUUUUAAUGGCUAUUUAAUUUUAGUACUCAAACAUCGUAAAUCAUUAUUUUUGUUUGC